CGCUCCGGUGAACUCCCGUACACCCGAGAGUUUUUCCGUGGUGACGCCGGGGAGCCUUUCAUGGAAAUAACGCUACUGGGGGACUGAAGGGCAAGGAUGGUGUCUGUCUCCCAAUCACCUGGUGAGCCUCACAGGAGGCUCCUUCCAUUGUUCCUGGGCCUGAGGAACAGGAAUGUGACCUUUGUAUUGGACACCUCAGAGGCCAUGAGCACUGCUCUGGGGUCAGUGAAGCGCCUGCUCAUCCAGACCCUGCUGAGCAAGGCAUCCCUCAGAGACUCGCUCUUCAACAUCAUAGGCUUCUCAUACAAGGUAACCCGUUGGUCUGAGCACAUGAUGCCAUGUGCUCCAGACACUGUCUACGAGGCUCUAUCCUGGAUUCACUCCCUCAGCUCCAGCCCAGGUAGGGACCUCAUGGCUGCUCUGAGUACAGCCUUCAGCGACCCAGCCUGCCAUGCCGUCCACCUGGUCACCACCGGUCUCCCUGACCACCCAGAGGAACUCCUCCGGGCCUUGUCAACCAUGGCAGGGGAGAGGCCAGUCCAUGUGUUCCACCUGUCGCUAUCUAACCCCAGCAGCAGCAGCUGCUCUCUGGACAGCAGGACUCAGGACUUCAUCCAGUGUCUGACUCACGCCACAAGAGGGAGCUGUCAUGUUCUCCCUGUCGGGAUGGAUGGGGCAGUAGAGCAGGUGAUUCCAUUGUACACUGCUGAGAGCCAGCCCUCAGUGCCGACCUGUCCUCCAGUGAAGUCCUGCAGUCAGUCCACCUCUGUUGUUCCACUACAGCCUUUACUGCCCUUAUCUCCGCUCAGGUGUAUGCUUGGUAAUCCCUUCUGUCCAGUUAGUAGCUGUGUGUUGUCAGGGAGGGCCCUGUCCGUAUGCAGCACAGAGUUUCUCCCAGGCUGCCGUGUGUUGGCCAGGAGGGAGCUGGAUGGCCUUUACUACUUGGGCACUGUAACGCAGCUAGUCCAGGGUCGAAGAGGAGUGUACGUGGUUGAGUUUGACAGGCCGGGGACGAGGAGACCCGAAGGGGGAGACGAUCACGCUAUGAGGAUGUCCCAGCAACAGCAGCUAGUCUGCUCUCCAGACAUGCUGAACCACACUCGGGCCCACACACACUGUCUGGUCCCUGGGGAUACAGUGCUGUCCCCGUGGGAACCUGACCUGAGGAGAUACGGUCCGGGGAGAGUGGUCUCCGGAAUGGAGACACGAGAUUCAGUGACAGUAGAGAGUGGGAAGGGGCUCCAGGUGCUACUGUGGAAUGGUAGGCUGAUGCAGGUGCCUGGGGAUCUAGCUGUGUGGAUCCCUGCUUCUCAGCAUGAGCGGAUCGUCAGGGAGCUCCAGCGAAUUCCUCUGCCGCCAUGCUGCAAUGACAAUUCGCUCCACGUCCACAGCACCAUGUGGGCUCCCUAUCUGUACUGCACUGGAACACAGUGCUGUCCAUCAGCAGGUGGACCAUGCCAUUGUCAAAUCAUGCAUCCAUGGUGGCCACUGAGAGUUCCGCCUUCUCAUGUGCAUGGCCUGAGAGAGAGGGAGGGGCUAGAGAGGAAAAAGCAGCAAGACCGGGCAGAGCUAGAGAAGAAGGUGGACCUCCAGUUGGAAGAGCUCAAGGAAACUAAAGAGGUCGAACCUGAGACAUCAUCUUCGUCCUCUUCAUCCCUGUCGGGUGAUGAGGAAGCUGGGGCCAUAGGGGGAAAGUCUGUCAGCCUGUUGGCCAGCACAGAGCCCUCUCCCCUGGACAAGCUGUGGCCAGAACACGGCCGACCUGCCUGGAGGUACUGGAGGAGAAGCCAUCCAGAGCCACAGCGCAGACAACCAGAGAAAGUACCAAGGGGGAAAUUCAAGUCUAUGGAAAUCAGCUACCCUGAUGUCGAGAUCAGUGGCUCACCUAAUCACAGCUCCAUGUUUCAGCCACUUCCUGGCUGUGAGAAGAGGGUGACCAUCAGGGAUGUGUUUGGCCUGACAGACUCCAAACCUCGCCCAAAAACGAGACUACAGUUAACCGCUGGCAACACGAUCACAGGUGUUUAUACAUGAUGGUUUUGACUAUUGAAGACGAAUCUUGUGGGGGGGUCUUAACUCCCACACCUGUAGAAAUACACAUUUUCGAGCUGAAAGACAAUGCCCAGGGCUUACCCAUGAUGUUGCACAACAGUGUAAGUCAAUAAGUCAUAGUUUUAGUCAAAGUAUGAUAUAUUUGAGCUUGAAGUGCCAGACCCAAACGUGUGACUUCGGGUGUUUCCGUGAGUCUUACGUGUCUUUUCCUAUGGAGAUGACGUGCUAAUUACUUCCCGCCUACAUUUCAUUUCAGGGCUGGGUUUCCACUUGAUAAAGUCAAAAUUGGCUACAUCGUAAAACUUAAUGAAAACAAAAAAUGAGCUUUUUGUCCUUCAAGGUUAUGGUUAGGCUAAGGUUAGCAGUGUGGUUAAGGUUAAAAUGAGAGUUCAGUUUAAAAUCUGAUUUUAAGAAAAUAAAAUGUAGAAAUAGACAGGGUUUAUGGCUGUGGCUGUGUUAACUAGUGACGACCCUACACUUGACCGCCUUGCCAUGGAGCAAAUUAAAAUGCAAAAACAGUUUUCACACCUCCCCCUUUAACAGCAAAUUACCAUAAUCGAUACAUUUCACUUAUUGAGCUAGUCUGCCUGUCACAACUGAAAUGGUGCUCACAUAACUUUCAUGAGCUGGCUAAGGUUAGCAUGCUAGCUAGUUACACUGACAGCUGUCAGUCAGUGCCCCAUUUGUUGAUAUUUCUCUGCUACAAGUGGAAAUCACCACAAUCCCAUCCCCAAUUCCUGAAUGCAUAUUAGCAGCCUGCGUCAGUCUUCUAGGUGGAACCUAAACAAGAAUGUACACUUUAGGACAGGAAUUACGCAAAAUAGGGGCAACAACUUCCUCGGAGGUGGCUUUUAAACAUUUGCUUGAGUUGACAAGAAAAAAAACUGUGCCAAAAACAAAUUACCUUUGAUAUAAAAUAUACUUUAUUAUACUGAUAUGGUAAAAAAAAUACAUAAUUACGUGAUGCAUUUUAGGCAGACAUUUGACAAUAAAUAAUUUAAUAUAAAAAAUGUAAUCCUGAUCAGAUCAUCAAAAUAUGACUUCUCAUUUAGCAGCAAAUUAAUAAAUGUAUUACUGUCGCUCUAAAGCGACAAAUUCAUCCAGAAGACAAGACUCACUUGAAAAUACAUAUGUAAACGUUCCGAUUGGACGGUUUUGUUAUUUGUAGCAGAACGGUCAAAGGGGAUUGGUUAGGGGUUAGAGGUGAAAGGUGAGGUUCAUACUCUCUCCUGCAUUAAUGCGUACUAGCCGGGUCUGUUGCUGUGAGUCCUGCGUUCCCGCGGUAAUCGCAUAGGUACCUGGUGACACCUCAAUGUGGAAAUCCUCAGGUGAUGACCGUGCCUGGAGAAACACAAGCAUACCUUACUAUCUCAAACACAUGACUAUGACAAGUAAAGCCAUUUCAAAUGGAAUGUUUUUGUUGACUUUCUCCAUUUGAAUGUAUGGGAUCUGUCCUAAACUUCUAAAAUGUACAAUAUGACAUGUUGCUGCACUUAAAAGGCUGCAACUUUGCCUUACAUGUUUCCUGAUCUGCAAUGAGGUCCCUGGGCAUUGGUGAGAUUGAGAAUGGUAUCUGCACACAUGGGUUCUCUCCUUUUCCAUAGGCUCAU